UGCGCUAAAGCGAGAUAGAGCUUAUGUCAUGGCCGCAUUGCACGCCAUAAACGUUUUGUCUAUGCCGCGCCAGUCAGUCAUUGAACCAUUUAUGAACGAACGACAGCUAGAAUCUCAGAGGCCCCGCCUAUAAAUCUGUUAUUUUAUUUCAGUUAGUUUUACCGCGAUGAUAUUAUUAUAAAGCAGGAAAUUAGAUAUACAAGAGUGAAGACUGCACCAUGGGCACGACGAUGAAGCUGCUAUGUUUGUUGGCGGUCGCGGCGCACUGUUCGGCGCUAUUGACGUCGCCACCACGGAUAGUGAAGCAGCCAACAAUGGAGGAGCAGCUAUUCAUGGUCGCGCAGCCCGGCGAGGCCGACAAGCCCUUCAUCAUCGAGUGCGAGGCCGAGGGCGAGCCCGCGCCACAGUACAGAUGGGUGAAAAACGGCAAACCCUUCGAAUAUGCCAGUUACUCAGACCGAAUGUCGCAACAGCCCGGCCGGGGCUCUCUAGUCGUCAGCAAGCCCAAAGACGAGGACAUGGGUCAGUACCAGUGCUUCGCCUACAACGAGUGGGGCACGGCCACUUCCAACUCAGUCUUCGUACGGAAAGCCGAGCUGAACUCGUUCAAAGAUGCCGGCGACGGUGCACAGAAACUGCUCACAGCUCAAGAAGGCCGCCCGUUCAAACUGACCUGCCACCCGCCCGACGGUUGGCCCAAACCAAACGUCUACUGGAUGCUGCAAGGCGAUCAGGGCCAGCUGAAGACCAUCAACAAUUCUCGAAUGACUCUCGAUCCCGAGGGCAACCUCUGGUUCUCGAAUGUGACGCGCUACGACGCCAGCGAGGACACUAACCUAGCUUACACCUGCGCAGCCAAAUCUUUGUUCAGGAACGAGUACAAGCUUGGCAACAAGGUGUUUCUGAAAGUGAAGCAGACCGGUGGAAUAUCGCCGACGCAGAACAAGUACCCGCCUGAGGAGCAAUACACCACGAGGAGAAACGAAGUCGCGUUGAGAGGGAAAAAGGCGGAGAUCUAUUGUAUAUACGGCGGAACACCGCUCCCUCAAAUAGUGUGGAAGAAAGACGGACAGAACAUCCUAUCAUCUAGUCGCGUGACGCAGGACAACUACGGCAAGACGCUGGUGAUCAACCCCGUGACCAACAGCGACAAGGGCACGUACACGUGUGAAGUCAGCAAUGGCGUCGGCAGUCAGCAGUCGCACUCCGUCAACCUCAACAUUAAAGCCGCCCCAUACUUCACCGUGGCCCCGGAAUCCCUGAACCUAGCCGAGAACGAGACCGCCGUGAUCAGAUGCAAGGCCGACGGGUCACCCGACCCGCAGAUCAAGUGGGUGUACAACGGCGAGCCCAUCGAGCGCGCGCCUCCGAACCCGCGCCGCACGGUCGCGGCUGACUCCAUCACCAUCACGGGUCUUACCAAGAAGGACACCGGCAACUACGGCUGCAACGCUACCAACUCCAUCGGCUACGUGUAUAAGGAUGUCUACAUCAAUGUCCAAUCAAUCCCGCCGGAGAUCAAAGAAGGUCCCGAGAACGUGACUAAAGUGGACGGGUCCGAGGUGGUGAUGCGCUGCCGAGUGUUCGGCGCGCCGCGGCCCAUCGUCAAGUGGAUGCGCAACGACGUCGAGCUCACCGGCGGCAACUUCAACAUCACCACGAUGGGCGACCUGGUGAUUCGCAGAGUAGGGUACAGCGACGCCGGCGUGUACCGCUGUUACGCGCAGAAUAGCUUCGGCGAGAAGUCUGCAUACGGCACACUCGAAGUCAAACAGCGGUCCACCAUCAAGAAUGAACCUGAAGACUACGAGGUGGCGGCCGGGUCGCAAGCCACGUUCCGCUGCACGCCCGACACCGACCCCGACCUACACACCGAUGUCACCUGGGAGUUCAAGGGUCAAACUAUCGACUUCGAAGGUCAACCGCGCUUCAAGAUGACUAACGACUAUUCGCUGCUCAUCUCCGACACCAUCGAGCUGGACUCGGGCCCGUACCAGUGCGUCGUCAAGACUCCCAUUGACGAGGCCCGCGCUGAGGCCACACUUAUAGUACAAGAUCGACCCAACCCCCCCGUGCUGGUCGGCGUCGAGUGCCGCGAGAAAGUUGCCAACCUGCACUGGGAGCCUAAAGGCGACAACCGCGCGCCCAUCCUGCGCUACUCCAUCCAGUACAACACCACGUUCACGCCCGACACCUGGGACUCCGCCAACGACAACGUGCCCGCUAUAGAGACCUCCUGGACAGUGGAGUUGACCCCCUGGGCUAACUACACGUUCCGAGUGGUGGCGCACAACAAGAUCGGGCCGUCGGCGCCGUCCGGGCACUCGGAGGUGUGCACGACGCAGCCCGACGUGCCGUACAAGAACCCCGACAAGGUGGAGGGUCGUGGUCGAGCGCCUAACAAUAUGGUCAUAUUUUGGUCGAAAAUGCCCCAAAUCGAGCACAACGGGCCCGGGUUCUACUACCAGGUGUCGUACAAGCGCAACGACACGGGCGAGGGCUGGACCGACCAGACCGUGCAGGACUGGCGCCAGAGCGAGCUGCUGGUGCCCAACACGCCCACCUUCGUGCCCUACAAGAUCAAGGUUGUGGCGUGGAACUCGAAGGGAGCGUCGAACGUGGCCCCGGUGGAGGUGAUCGGCUGGUCGGGCGAGGACCGGCCGCUGCUGGCGCCCACCAACUUCACGCUCGUCGAGGUCAUCUCCGGCAACGAGGCGCUGCUCAGCUGGAACCCCGUGCCGCCGGACUCCGUGCGAGGACACUUCAACGGGUACCGCAUACAGACGUGGACCGAUGGCGAGGAGGACCAAGUUCGCGAGGUCAAGGCCAAGUCCGACGCCACCAAGGUCAUGAUCAACAUCCUCAAGCCGCACAAGAAGAACAACGUCCGCAUCAUGGUGUACAACGGCUUCGACAACGGCCCGCCCAGCGACACGCUCAGCUUCGUCACGCCCGAGGGCAAGCCCGGACCAGUCAGAUCAUUCAACGCCUACCCUAUUGGAUCCUCCGCCAUGCUGCUGACGUGGGAUAAGCCCAUGGAGGAGAAUGGCGUGCUUACUGGCUACAAGGUGUAUUACGCCAAGACCGUCGGCACACAGGUGGAGCCGUGGGUGGAGCGCAAGAACGUGAUCGACAGCAAGUUCGACCGCGCCAAGCUGGCGGGGCUGCAGCCCGACACCAAGUACCGCGUGGAGCUGCGCGCCGUCACCAAGGCCGGCGAGGGCAAGGGCUACUUCGUGGAGGCCGCCACGCGCGCCGACCUGCACGCCGUGCCCGACGCGCCCGCCUUCACCGCGCACGCCGUGCCGCCGCCGCCCGACGCGCUCAACCAGCCCAGCAGCUCCCCCGCCGUGCACGUGCUGGUGCGCUGGCUGCCCUCGCUCGACGGACACCCCGGCACGCACUUCCAGGCCUCCUACAGAUUGAAAGAUCACCCGCAGUGGGAGCAGUGGCCGAUGGAGAUGGACGACGACUACGUCAUCCUCAAGGGCCUGGAGCCGAACAGGAUAUACGACGUGAAAGUCACCGCCUACGACGGCGACUACUUCACCGACAGCGAGAUCAAACAAGUCGACACCACUAAUGACGGUCCGAUCAUAAUGCUGGACAACAAGUCUGCGCAGGCGGGCUGGUUCAUCGGCGUGAUGCUGGCGCUGGCGUUCCUGCUGCUGGUGCUCGUGCUGGUGUGCGUGGCGCGGCGCAACCGCGGCGGCAAGUACGACGUGCACGACCGCGAGCUGGCCGCCGGCCGCCGCGACCAUCCCGACACCGGCUUCCACGAGUACACGCACCCACUGGACAACAAAUCGCGGCACUCCAUGAGCAGCGGCAACAAGCCCGGCCCGGAGAGCGACACCGACUCCAUGGCCGAGUAUGGCGAAGGAGAAACUGCGGGCAUGAACGAGGACGGCUCCUUUAUCGGGCAGUACGGCCGCAAGCGCCGCCCGCACCCGUAUAAUGUGGUUGCAUGUGCAGGUCGCUUCACGGAGGACGGGUCGUUCAUCGGGCAGUACGUGCCGGGCGCGCGCGUGCUGCCGCCCGCGCCGCCGCCCGAGCCCGCCGCCGGCGCCGCCCGGGGCGCCAUCCCGCCCACAUACGUCUAGGCCACGCGCAUAUCCCUAC